UCCCUCCUCCCCCGCCUGCCUCCAGCUCCCCUCCUCCACUAUAUGUGCACAGGUGGUGUGUUUUUUUUCUUAGUGAAGACGGCCUCCUGUUGACAUCAUCACCGGGGGACUCCUCCUUACUCCCCUGAGGUAUAAAGGAGCUCUUGUUUCCGUGGCAGCAUCUCGUAGCUUCAUCACAAGCUCCUACAGGUGCUCACACUUUUCAAGGAAUCCUGAACAACAGAGGAGGAGAAUCUUUACUGCGUCCGGCGGACUCACUAUUUAAGUUUUGUUCUGUCAUCAGACGAAGAGCCAGCAUGUCGAUGGGUAUGGAGAUCGUGGGCAUAGCCCUUGGAGUCCUUGGUUUUAUCAUUGCAAUAGUGACAUGCGCCCUGCCAAUGUGGAGGGUGACAGCUUUCAUCGGAGCCAAUAUCAUCACUGCUCAGACCAUCUGGGAAGGUUUAUGGAUGAACUGUGUCACCCAGAGCACUGGCCAGAUGCAGUGCAAGAUCUACGACUCAAUGCUGGCCUUACCUCAGGAGCUGCAGGCCUCCAGAGCAAUGACGAUUGUCGCCAUCAUACUCGGGGUGCUGGGGGUCAUGAUCUCCAUCGUUGGCGCCAAGUGCACCAACUGCAUCGAUGACGAGCCAUCCAAGGCCAAAGUGAUGAUCAUCGCUGGAAUCUUCUUUAUCCUCGCCGGCCUUUUGGUCCUCAUCCCUGUCUCCUGGACAGCCAGCGUCCUCAUCCAGGAUUUCUACAACCCCUUGCUGAUCAGCGAGCAGAAGAGGGAGCUGGGUGCAUCGCUCUACAUCGGCUGGGGGGCGGCCGUCCUGCUCCUGAUUGGUGGGGCGAUGCUGUGCAGCAGCUGUCCACCAAAAGAGAAGCAGUACAAGCCGCCCCGGAUGGCCUACUCCGCCCCGCGCAGCACUAGUGCAGGUGGAGGGUACGACAGGAAAGACUAUGUUUGAACUGUGGUGUCUGACAGAUUGAUUUGGAAAGUAGGAUAAAAUUUAAUUUUUGUUGCACAUGAGUGUUUUAUGUGUCUGUGUUGUGUGUUGCUGUCUGAAACCACAGGGUGAACCCCCACGAAAAGACUCCGAGAUGAAGAUGUGUGUACAAAUUUUGAUUCCUUUUGCUUUGCUUUCUGCUGACAUGUUCAUUUACAUAACUUAAUGUCUUUUCUCUGCUUUAAUCCAGCAAGUGUGUCUUGUUAAAAAAAAAAAAGGCUUCCAUUUUUAUUAUAUGAACAUUAGAGUCUGUUUUUCAGUAAAACAUAACUUUUUUCUUUUAAAAAUCUUUGACUGCAUCGGUGGCAUUAUGUGAAAUCUGAAAACACCUGCUGCGUUUGUGUGUGUCGCCCUAUAAGUAGUUGUAAGCCUGCUGGUGUCGUGUUUCACUGAAACUUUAAGUUAAAAUGCUUUGUGUUUUAGACAAUGACAAGGAAGAGCUAGCUCUCAUUUUACAUGGAUUUGGUUGAGUGAUUGUUCAGUGUGUUCAGUGCGUGCGUGCUUGCGUGCGUGCAUGCAUACGUGCGUGUGUGUUUUGCAUGCAAUAUUUGCUUAGGAGAGUUUCUGCUGAGACUGAAACUAAAGAUGGAUCCAUGAUAUGGCCCCAGGUAACACUUUAUGUUAUUCAGAACAGUUUCACAGUUUGAGGACAGCGAAAAACUGUUACGCAAAGAUUUUUUAUGUGUCCAUAUAUGUCAGUUUAUUUUAUAUUUCGGUAAUAAAAUGUAUUUGUAAUGUAUGUUAAAACCACAUAAUCCACUACUCUGUGUUUCAAAUAGAUUUGUAUGGUCUUUUUUUAAUCUUAUUUUUGUAUCUUUUACAGUAUAUAUCUAUCAUAAGCAACAGCCUGUGUGUGUGUGUGUGUGUGUGUGUGUGUGUGUGUGUGUGUGUGUGUGUGUGUGUGUGAGUGUGUGUUUGUUUUCAGCAGCAUGUGUUUUGUGUGUAGAAAUUAAAUAUUUCACUAAUUCAUCUCCAUCUCUUUUAAAUAAGAUUGUGUGUUCAAAUUGUAAUGCAUUUUUUUACUUUACUGUCAUUCAAACAUUGUUAAAAGAGCUGAUUUAUAACAAACAUAUGUUGUUAAAUGUUUUAAAGUAUAGUAGUGCUUAAAUUUAAAAUGUGUUCAGAGAUUUCAAUAAAAGUCAAACUAAGAAUGA